AUGAAACUAAGCCAAUGGCCAGCUGGUUCCUAUAGCCUACUGUCAACGGUGUUUGGAUGCCCGGAACCGGAGAGCCACGGCUGGAGUCUUGGCUAUAUCAACCUAACGCUGUCAAUGAAAACCAAUUAUCGACAAUGGUUUCCAGAACGUUUCCGGAUGUUGGGGCCUUAUCACAAACAACACUUCCAGUUCAAUUUCUGUUCAAGGACUGAUUCAGCUGUUAACGGCUCAUGGCCUGAAGGACAGUAUUGUUUCUUUAAACCAAGUGGAGGGCAGUGUCCGGCUGGAUUCCAGGAAGGGUUAUUCCCCUUACCCGACUACAGAGUGUUGAUGAAAACAGAUGGCGUGGUUCCAGACGGGGACAUCACAGGUCCGGGGAUUCAGUUGACACUGUGCUGCAGGGACGACGCUGGCAUCGACACAAUGGCACUACCUUCAACAUUUCCGUUCUACUUGAUGAAGCCAUCACCAAAGGUUGCGUGCCAGGCAGUUUCCGACAUGGUGGUGACAGAGGAAGUGUUCUCCUUCGUGCAGACCUCCAACAGGAGCUUGUUGAACAGGGAGGGAAGCUUCGUGGCAGAGGAGUCGGGAAACUACUUUAAGGUCACUUUCUGCUACUAUGAACCAUAUAAACGCCGUGAGUGUAUGUACAAAGAGGACAAUGGCGUGUCCUACAACGGUCGGGUCAACAUAACCGCCGCAGGUCGACCUUGUCAGACAUGGGACAAACGUUCUUACCCAAUGGAAGGAAGGAAAAGAGCAAAUAAUUUCUGUCGGCAAGCAUCUGAUGUGAAGUCCAGGCCAUACUGUAUUGUCAGUGGCAGUCUGGAUCAUUGUGACAUUCCAGUUUGUGAUUCCUCUUACGACCUACCAAACGUCAUUGACAAGAAGAUUUAUCGUUCUCCUCCGACCCUUCCACAAAAUCCAGUUGCAAACAUAGUUCAUCGUUGGACAGGAUCCUUUGUUGUUGCACGACCUACUGUAGAACCCUGGGUACAAGUUGACUUCAAUGAAGAUUACGAGAUAAACUCGAUCACGGUCAAAAGGAGUCGCGCCUGGGAACCAUAUCUCGCCCCUCGGCUCGUAACUUAUGUCAGCAGACAUCAGUGGGACUUUCUCACCUUUGGAGCCUACAAUUGUGAGGGACCAGUUGACCUCGGAAGGCAUUCUGUAUUCCGCUUUCAGUGUCGCCGGCCAUUGAUUGGUUCCUUUGUCACAGUGCAAAACUUCGUGCGCUAUAAUCCUGACUACAUCCAGAAUAUGUUCUUACAGUUUGAAACCUCAGAAAUUGUAAUCAGAGGCAAAGCAACCGGCUGUGGAAAAUCCCUUGGUGUGAGGACUGGUGAUGUUAAAGAUUUCCAGUUCAGUUCUUCCACUGGUGCUAACGGCUACUAUGGAUAUCAUGCAAGACUAAACAGAGCCACAGGAUGGUGUGCUCAGUCGGGAGAUACAGAUCCUUACAUACAGGUGGAUCUCCUGACACCGAUGAUUCUGGAACAGGUUGUCAUACAAGGAUGGUCUGAUGGGAGAAAUGAGUUUCUCAUAAAUGCUUUUACGCUGUGGACUGGCAUGAAAGAUCACAACCUCAAAGCCCAUUUAAAUAGUAUUGGCGACAUCAAGGUUUUUCAUCUUAACCCGACUUAUCCGUCAUACGUAUCUCAGAAGUUCCAACUUUCCAAACAACUCACAAAGAUUGUUCGACUCCAUCUGUUUCGGGACAAGCCACCUGCUUGUGUUAAAUUUGACCUAAUUGGCUGUCCAAAAAGAGUGAACUUGGAUGUGAAAUGCCGGGAGCAGAAUAUCAAGCUUGGCCUACAAAGGAUGCCCACGCACAGAAUUUAUCCGUCGGUUGAAAAUAUCAACCCGUAUAUCAUAAAGAACAGGACAAUGGAGACGUGUCGCCGUUAUUACUCAUCAAACAGAAAUUAUUAUGUGGCUUACCAGUUUCACAAAGAGCAGUGCAUCAUGUUGAUUGGAACCAGGUACAGCCGCCAUUAUCGAAACCGUUGGGAAAUAGGAUAUGGACCAGAAACUGAAUAUGGACAAGAUGUGUGCAUGAGAGAUACCUCUAUAGAUGUAUAUAAAUGUGGUGGCAUCAUGAAGCACACUGGCGAGAUAAUCUCCCCUUCGUACCCAUUCUACUAUGGAGAGAACAUUAACUGUACAUGGAUUGUGAGACUUGAGGAAGGAACCUUUGUCAGACUUGACCUUGUAGAUGUAGAUCUGGCUUCAAAGGAAGAACACUAUGAAACAUCCGCUUAUUUUGACUGCGAGGACACGCUGACAAUUUACGAUCGGCACAGAAGUGGCAACCAUAUCAUUGCUUUCAUGAAAGGUCAUUUAUUUGAAACCCUCGAGGAACCACGCUAUCUGUCCUCUUCGAACGAGGUCGAGAUCAACUUGAUAGCUUGUCCCCGAAUAAAAGAAACACAUGCUCGAGGUUUUACCAUCAAAGUGGAUGCAACAGACUGCGGCGGUUGUGGCCAGGGUGAGUCCAGCUGCUCCAGACAGGCCGUGUGUUCUCACCAGUGUGGCUACAUCUCCAGUGCUGCCUUCCCCAAUUUUUACCCGGUCUCGGCCAGUUGCCAUUGGAGAAUACAGGGUCAGACUGGGCAGUUUGUCACUGUGAAAUUUAAUAUGAUUGAUGUCAUAGCUGAUGGAGAAUGUGAGGGAGACCAUGUCAGCCUCUAUGACCUUGACCGUGCAAGAAAGAAAACAUUGAUGGGGAAGUUUUGUAAACAUAGAAGACCGAUUGGAGAAAUACAGAGUAGUUGGGAGAUUAUGGAUGUGGAGUUUUAUUCUGACUUUGACACUGCUGGAACAGGGUUCUUACUGAAGUAUACACUGCAAACGAUUGAACUCAGUGCUAGUUUCCUGAAUGUGUCAGGUCAUUGUAACGAGAAUUGGUAUGAGCAUAGGCACAGCUGCUACAGCUUUAUCACAAGUGAUGACGGUCUCACCUGGAUAGAUGCUGAGAAACGCUGCAUUUACGCUGGGGGACAUCUUGUCAGCAUAAGCGACCAUGAUGAGACGAAGUUUCUCCAUUCCACCAUUCUUAAUAACAACCUUUUCGCUGAGCAAGAAACAUACAUAGGGCUACAAAAAACAAGUCACGGUCGUUACAUGUGGACGGAUGGAAAACCAUUGUCGCGGAUUGAAUGGUAUGCUGGGGACUCUGAUGGAGCAUCCCAACCCGACGGGUUUGAGAGAGAGGCGUGUACCAUGAUGGUCAUCUCAAGCAUCAGAUCCACCACUAACUGGCACGAUGUUGCAUGUGCUUUUGACAAAAUCUCACAGUAUAUCUGUGAGACGUCAAACAGAAUAUUGGUUGCUCCAGAGAACAACAUUCCUGUCGGCAGUGAUAGUGAUGCAAAGACCGGCUAUUAUUUUCCUUGUGCCAACGGCGAGUACAUAUCGAGACUGUACACGUGUGACGGAAGUAUGGAUUGCACUGACGGGAGCGAUGAAGAUGACUGUUCUACAGACCCCUGUCCACGUGGCAUGUUCACCUGCACUGAUGGGGGAUGUGUUGACUUCGCCUUCUACUGUGACUACAAAGAACACUGCAAGGACGGAUCAGAUGAAACAAAUUGUGUGUCCAGUGAAUGUUCCUCUGACCAGUGGAGAUGCAGCAGUGGACAGUGUGUGUCAGCUGACCAGAGGUGUGACCUCCUGCAGGACUGUGUUGACGGAUCAGAUGAAGCGCAUUGCAAGGCAGCAUGUCGGAAGCCUUUCUUCCAGUGCUAUGACGGACGGUGCUUGCCCCCAGCCAGGGUGUGUGACGGGUUUGUGGACUGUGUGGGACAGUACAGAGAAGACGAGGAUACUCAGUGUACCACAAACAGUCAGCCGUCUUGUAGGGCGUGGUAUGCCCUUGGGUCCAGGGAGAAUGGCGAAUAUAGUAUUGCGAUUGAGGACAAGACGUACUCGGUGGAGUGUAAAUUCGACAUGAGAGAAGGAAUGAUAACAACACUCAUCCAUCAUGACUUGGAGGACUGGACAGUGACAAAGGAACCAGGGUAUCUCAAGGACUUCUAUUAUGAUGUCCCGAAUAAUGUCAUCAAAUACAUCAAGUCGGCGUCCCUCGCAUGUCGGCAACACGUUCACUUUGACUGUCUACAGGCGUAUUACUUCUAUAGGGGCCGCUCAAACUGGAAGGACAUACGUGGAAGACGUAACUACUUUUACGAUGACCCGAACAGUAACUGUAGCUGCAUUUUGAGAGACGCCUGCAAUGACAACAAUACAAAAUGUGCAUGUGACAAUACGAGAGACGAUUUAACCAGGGCAGAUGACAACACAUGGGGAUCUGACAGUGGAUACAUUGACGACAUGGAUAGAUUGCCCAUAACACAGCUAUGGAUGAGAGCGCAGCUAAGAUUAAGCCGAGUUAGACACCUUGUUGGACCGCUCAUUUGCGAAGAACCAUCACGAACUCACACAAGUUCCCUCAUGUGUAAGAGUGGCGUAGUCGUUGACGUUUCACACAGAUGCAUCUUGGAUUACGACAUCUAUCAGCAAUACACAGGAUGUCGUGACCUCACACAUAUACAGGAUUGUGAGACGCACGAGUGCCCAGUAGAUCACAUCAAGUGUCCCUCUAGCUAUUGCAUCCCCAUCAGGUUGGUCUGUGAUGGACGCCCAGACUGUGCUGACGGCAUGGACGAAAGAGGAUGUACUAAUAUUACCUGUCCUGGUAGAUUCCGUUGUCAUGGUAACAUGGUGUGUAUUCCAUGGCAGCAGGUGUGUGAUACAAUCCGACAUUGUCCUGAAGGAGAUGAUGAAUAUUUCUGUGACACCAGCUGCCCAGAUGAGUGUCUGUGUGAGGGUGCAUAUAUCACUUGUACUGGGUUCUACCUCGACAUGAUUCGACAUCUACCCAAAUAUACAAGAGUUCUCAAGUUAAGGGGAAGUUUUAAUAAAACAUUGAAGAAUGAUACUUUCCGCCAUAUGGAAAACUUAGCACUCCUGGACCUUUCCUACCUUGGAGUCCAUGUGAUUGAAGAAAACUCUCUUAGUGGACUGAAAAACUUGUUGCAUUUGGACCUCAGUAUGAACUCCAUCAGCUUGUUACCUGAAGGGUUAUUUCAGAGUAUGGGAAAUCUUAUGUCAUUAUUACUCAAUGGAAAUGGAACGUUCAAACUGACUGCGGCAUCAUUUGAUGGACUAACAAGCCUUCCUUCACUCGACCUUUCUGGUAUUGCUCUUAGGACAUUGAAGAGGGACAUGUUUCAUGGGUUAUCCAGUCUUCUGAAUUUGAACCUUUCUGACAGUAAGAUCACAGCAAUAGAAGACAAGAGUUUCAGUGGAGUCAGUAAACUGCACACACUUGAUCUGACACACAAUUUUAUCACAGAUUUCACCGGAGAUCUAUUCUACGGCUUAGAAAAGCUCAGCUACCUGUACAGUGAUAAGUAUGUCUUCUGUUGCUUCAAACCUCAGAGUGUCCCAAAUGAACAAUGUCUACCUGCGGCUGACGAGUUUUCUUCUUGCUCAGACCUAAUGAGGAAUGGAGUUCUUAGAAUUUGCAUGUGGGUUCUGGGCUUUUCAGCUCUUCUUGCCAACUUCCUGUCACUUAUUUGUCGAUGCAUUUACGAUAGGCAGAGUUUCAAACGCAGCAAUGAUUUUUUUGUUGCCAAUCUCGCCAUCUCUGACUUAGUAAUGGGUGUAUAUAUGAUCAUCAUAGCAAGUGCUGACGUCAUCUACAGAGGAGUGUACAGCUGGAAUGAUGAGGCGUGGAGAAACAGCUGGGUGUGUCAGCUGGCAGGUCUCCUGGCAUCCCUAUCAAGUGAGACAUCAGUUAUGUUCCUCUGCAUAAUCACCUUGGAGAGAGUCCUUGUUGUCAAAUUUCCAUUGAGAGACCAUGACGUCUUUAAGAAACGUUCGAAGUUCAUCAGCAUUUUAGUCUGGAUUGUGAGUUUCCUGAUGGCAGGGGUUCCCCUUUUGCCGAUCAGUUACUUUUCCAAGUCUUUCUAUUCUCGAUCAGGAGUCUGUCUUGCUCUACCACUCACCAGGAACAGGCCUCCGGGAUGGGAGUAUUCCACCGCUAUCUUUGUCAUUUGGAACUUCAUCUGUUUUGUCUUCAUCGCUAUGGGUCAGGCUAUCAUCUACCAGGCAGUGAGGGCCAGUCAGAAGCUAAGGAAGGGGCGGACAACCAACGACAUGGCCAUUGCCAGGAAGCUCUCCUUCAUAGUUCUGACAGACUUUGUGUGCUGGUUCCCCAUCUGUGUCAUGGGUCUGAUUGCUCUCCAGGGUUACGUGAUCAACUCUGAAGUGUACGCUUGGGUUGCAGUGUUUGUUCUACCGAUCAACUCCGCUCUCAACCCCAUCAUCUACACCCUUUCAGCAGUUGACACAAUGAGAAAACGGAAGCUAAACAAAGCAAACACAACUUUGAUUACCACCAGAUCAACAGUCAGGACUAAGUCUUCUGUCCCUCAUCUCCUGAAGAAAGAACUCCUAUUGCAGAGCCAGCCCCCAAAUUCGGUCUGUCUGUCCUCUUACAUUGGUUCACUGACGUCAGCCAGAAAUAUGCUAAUCAUUGCUCAGCAGCUAGCCAGAUCUGUGGACCUCCUUCACUCCAAUGGACUAGUCAAUGGCUUGGUAGAGACGGACAAUGUAUGCAUUGUCUUUGAUGAAGGGAUUGUCAGAAAAGUGACUGCACCAUGUAUUCCCAUUGCCACGGAAAUGCAGGAAGAUUACAGAAGGGAUAUCCGAGACUUUGGUCAUCUUGUGUCCACGAUGUUGAAAGCUUAUACAGUUGCUAAGAAACAACAUCUGAGGCUUCGCGCGUCUUGUCUCCAAGAUGUUAAAACCUUAUAGAGUUGCUAAGAAACAAUACCUGAUAAAAGUGGUCAAAUACUGACAAUUCACAUUGUUUCAAUGGAACAAUGUUAUAUAACUCACCUUCCCACACUGCUUCGCGCCUGGAU